UGAGGGGGGAUGGGUCGUUAAGUGAUAAGAGCAGAAAGGGAGGUUGUUCUACACAGUGGUAAUUUUAUUUAUCAUAAACCAGCCACUUAUUCUUACGCUCACGUAUUGAUCAUUGUAUUUCAGCGUAGCGCAAGGUGAGUGCCAGCGAGGAUGACGAUGCCGCACGUAGGUGCAGUAUUUGCAGCAAUAGCAGGAGUGAUGGCCAUUAUGCUGCACUCCUCCAUUCACAAGAUAGAGGAGGGACACCUCGCUGUGUACUACAGGGGUGGAGCAUUGCUGACUUCUCCCAAUGGUCCUGGAUAUCACAUUAUGCUGCCUUUCAUUACCACCUACAGAUCAGUGCAGACUACCCUCCAGACUGAUGAGAUCAAGAAUGUGCCUUGCGGAACAAGUGGUGGUGUAAUGAUCUAUUUUGACAGAAUAGAGGUUGUUAACAUGCUGGUUCCGUCAGCAGUGGUGGACAUUGUGAGGAACUACACCGCUGAUUAUGACAAAACUCUAAUUUUCAACAAGAUUCACCACGAACUCAACCAGUUCUGCAGUGUACACACACUACAGGAGGUCUACAUUGAGCUGUUUGAUAUCAUAGAUGAGAAUCUGAAGACUGCUUUGCAGAAAGAUCUCAAUGUUAUGGCACCUGGACUGACGAUACAGGCAGUCCGUGUUACCAAGCCAAAGAUCCCUGAGGCUAUCAGGAGGAACUUUGAACUCAUGGAAGCGGAAAAGACUCGUCUGUUAAUUACAGCUCAGACUCAGAAGGUGGUGGAAAAGGAAGCUGAGACUGAGAGGAAGAAAGCCAUUAUUGAGGCUCAGAAGGUGGCUCAGGUAGCAGAGAUCCAGUUCCAGCAGAAGGUGAUGGAGAAAGAGACGGAGAAGAAGAUCUCCGAAAUAGAGGACGCUGCCUUCCUGGCCAGGGAGAAGGCUAAGGCUGACGCAGAAUAUUAUACUGCUGCCAAGUUUGCUGAAGCAAACAGGUUGAAGUUAACCCCAGAGUACCUGGAGCUGAUGAAGUAUCAGGCCAUAGCAGCUAACAGUAAGAUCUACUUUGGCCAGGACAUCCCUAACAUGUUUGUAGAGGGAACCAACAGUCCGCCGAAGUCUGUGCACUCCCCUAAUCUGCCCAAUGCUGAGCCUGACUUGUUUAAAGGAAAGCUCGAUGGGCAGUGAGUCCACAUCCCUGCCUCUGCACAGGACAGGAGAACCUGAUGACGGCUUGUCUUGUGUGUGGGGUGGACAGCACUGAACUGAAGACGAAGGGUGGGGAUAGCUUUGAGGCUGUUUUUGGUGAACAACACACUUCAGUCUUAAAUGUAAAUGUCAAAGAAAGACUGGGAAAAUGUGAGGUCAAAGACAAGGGAAAGUGAGAGGUAGUAAGAAGAUAAAAGAGGAAGUAUUUUUUUCCCCACCUUGCACUCUUUGGGGAUAAGACAAGUUUUAGGAAUGAGAACGAUGCCAUAGUUAAAAAUCGAAAGCAUAAUUAAUGCUUAUGCCUGAGAAGGCGACAGCAGGUUGCCCUAAUUUUACAUGUGCUUGCAAUCAGUGCAGUGUUGAUCUUUGCUUUUGGAUUUGCAUUAAUUUUGUUUGUUGUAUGCAAGAGGAGUGAUUUGUAAUGAGCAUGAUUUUUGAGAAUAACUUCUGGUUUAGCGGAACUGGAAUCUGACAGGUGACACUAAUUAAAAGCAGAAUGGUUCGUGGAAGUGAGUCAUGUGGGCAGGUCAUCUCUGACACGGAAUCACUAGUUGGCUCUUCUCCCUCGACAGGAGUCGGUGUGAGGGCUGUUUAAUCGCACCCCAUUCCCACUGUUGCUGGUGGAUGACUGUAAAAUAGUUUUGACAAGUCAAUACAGAAUUUCGAGCAUUAUAAUUGUGGAUAUCGCAGUCGAGUAUUUCACAACAUGGAGAACAUUUCCAGUUGAGUGAAAUGAAAACUGAUCUGUGAAAGAAUUUUGUAAUCAUACCGUUCUACAAACAAGUGGCCUGGCUUUGUUAAGUUUUCACCUGAGCCUGUAUAAAGUAGAUACUAAUCUACUGGUAUUUCAGUCUUUGAAGUUGGAGGGCUGUCAACACAUGGUCGUAGGUAAGUUAAUACACAGUGGUGUCAAACUGGAUGUGAUGUAGUUUGUUUUCUGUUAGUUUGGUGAUAGUUUGCUGUUGUUGGUUAUAGUUGAGAGAGCACAGUCACCACAAAAAGACUUGAGAAGCUACACUAAGAUCUGCUGUGCAUUUACCGUGGAAAAAAACUGAGAAAAAGGGUUUUAGUGCUGCUAGGAAAAGACCUGAUUUUCUCUGAUUAAAAACUAAUUUAAGAUGAUAAUAGUUAAAGGUUAAUUAAUAUGGGAGCACAACAGCAUAACAGUUGAAUACUAGCGGGUCGUUACACUGGAAGAAAUUUCUUUCCUUCCUCUGUUUGGUUUUGAUUAUCGGGGGCCAUGCAUGUGGAAACUUCUGUUGGCUUGAUACAGAUGAUUAGCUGUUUCUGCGUUUGUCUGCUGACUGUUCCUGUACAGCUUAUUGAGACAGUUAAAUAUAAAUUCUCAGGAAAUUUAAAGAAAACAGCUGCUCAUUGUUGGACAGAGCUUAUACUCUUCAAAACUCAAGAUUGAGAAUUGUGCAAGGAAAUUAAAGAAAAUGAGUUUAUAUGCUGUGAAGCUCAGACGUCAGAAAAGCUUUGAUUUAAUGUUAAAGCCCAUUGUCUUAAAAGAAAAAAAAAACUUUCAACUAGAAUAAAAAUGUCUCCUGCAAAUAUUCAAAGUGACAUUUUUAUUGCACCGUCACCAUUUUAUUUCACCAUCUAUUUACAGUAGGUGUCUGUGACAGUGAAUAUUAUGAGGAUGCCGGUCUGUCAGAGUAGAAAUAAUACAAACAAAAGCUCCCUUCCACUGUCAGUGUUUACAUUUUUUUGUAAUCCAAGAAUUGAUGAACUGCAAAGUUUUUUCCAUCUUUGCUGAGCAAGAUAAUUUAAAGGAUUUUAAUGCCAACAUGAGCAACACGCAUCUCCUAAUUAUUAUGCUAACUUACACUUAGUGUGUAUUAGUUUAACCUCUGAUCAGUUUUGUGUGAUGACAGGGGAAAAAAAAAUCUUUUUUCUAUUCAAAGAUGAAUGUUGAUAAUGCUUGGGCUUAAACCAGAUGCAAGUUGGUGCUAGUUUUUAUUGUAUGUUUAAGCUUUUGGAUUUUGAUCAGCUCUGUGUUUCAGAAACAUGGAAAUACUUCCACUAUUCAGAAUUAUAGCCUUAAAUAAUAAUGGGUUACCCCAGACUGAAAGAUUGGGUACUUCUUAAAAAAUUAAAAGGCUCCACUUUGAACUUGGCUGUGAGACUUAAGAGAUUGGAUAAACAUAGUGUACAGUACGGCCUCAUCGUAGACUCUUAACGGAGAAAGACGCAACUAGAAGCGGACACUAUUAGUGUUUGGAGGAUGUUGGGAUGUUUACUUGACUUCCAGAUGGCAGUCAAAGGCUGCACUCUGCACUCUGCAUUUGCUUUGGUGGUGGGUUCAAAUAAAGAUGCAACAGAGGGGUAUGAAUCACUCAUGAAGAUAAUUUUUUUUUGUCAAUAUUUUGUACAAUCUGUGAAAUUUAAACAUUGUCUCUUUGUUUUUAAAGGUUUAUAUGCAAAAAUGUUUUCCAGUUUUGACAAUGUUCUAAAAUAAAACCUAUUUUGGUA